UUGAGGUAUUUCUCAAAUUCUAGCCGUUAAGAGUUCUCUGAAAUAUCUGAUCGAGACAAAAACCCAUCACUGAAAAUCGGUUGCUUUUCUCAUUUUCCACUAAUCUCCGUAGUGUGUUUGUCCUUUCUCAUUUGGCUUUCCCUCUCUCUUUCCCUGCUGCUGUUUUUACCUUUUUCGUCCUUUUAAAACAGAAAACUCAAAAUAACAAAUUUCCUUCUUUCUUUACUUGUCUCUGUUUUUUGUAUUUGUUUUCAAUAAGAGCCUAUUUGAAUCUCUUUCAAUAAAAAACCACAAAUAAUAUAUGGUUUCAGUCUUCUUUUGUGGGCUUCCAUUCUGUAUUUCUCUGUUUUUUACUUCAAAGUCUGUACAUAAAUCUGCAUCUGCUAUUUUUUCAAAGUCAUAGUGCUAAUCGAUUUUUCAAAUUUAAUUCAAAACCCAUUUUCUAACAUCGAUUGAUUGAAUUGGAUCGGCUAUUUCUUCAUUUUAGUGUUUUGAUUCAUAUUUGUCUCAAAUUUCUCUCUCCUCUGUUUUAUAUAUAAUUUUCCCUUUUCGGUAUUAAAAUUCUUUUGCUUUAUCUCUCUCACACGCACACAUACACAUCACGAUCUCAAUACUUUAGAUUCUGCGGCAUUAAAUCGCUAAUUUUUCGCGUACCCAGCUAACAAAGGCCGUUGCUUUCCCUCUUCAUCUCAUAAAAACCCGUCGGUGAUAUUUUCGGCAAUAGAUGAACCAUAGAUAAACCAAUUUCACUACUUUUACAUUCACUUUUCCGUCAAAAUUUAUUAUAUUUCGCCUCCACUAAAAUGGUUAGUUCUUGGUUUCUAAGAUGGCUUUUGCUUUUAGGCCUUUUGGAUACUUGUGUUUAUGGUUUAGGAGUUAAUUGGGGGACACAGGCUACCCACAAAUUACCACCAAAGACUGUAGUACAGAUGUUGAAGGACAAUGGGAUAAAAAAAGUGAAGCUUUUUGAUACAGAAGCAAGCACAAUGCGCGCUCUUGCUGGGACUGGCAUUGAAGUCAUGGUGGCUAUACCCAAUGAUCAGUUACUUGCCAUGAAUGAUUAUAAACGUGCUAAGGAUUUUGUCAAGAGCAAUAUCUCUAUUUACAACUUCAAUGGAGGAGUUAACAUCAAGUAUGUUGCAGUUGGCAAUGAGCCUUUCCUCACAUCCUACAAUGGUUCAUUCAUAAACACCACCUUCCCAGCACUUCAGAACAUUCAAAAUGCUCUCAAUGAAGCUGGGGUUGGAGACUCCAUUAAGGCUACUGUGCCAUUGAAUGCUGAUGUCUACAACUCGCCCACUGGCCAGAGUUAUCCCUCUGCAGGAAGAUUCCGUAGUGAUAUCAAUGACCUGAUGACCCAAAUUGUUCAGUUUCUGAAUAAGAACAAUGCACCUUUCACAGUUAACAUCUAUCCUUUUCUGAGUCUAUAUGGAAAUGAUAACUUCCCUAUUGACUAUGCUUUCUUUGAUGGAGUAUCUCAGACAGUUGUUGAUGUUGGUUCUGGUAUUCAGUACACCAAUGUUUUUGAUGCCAACUUCGACACGUUAGUCUCAGCUCUCAAAGCAGUGGGGUUUGGAGAUAUGACCGUUAUAGUAGGUGAGGUAGGCUGGCCAACAGAUGGAGACAAGAGUGCUACAGUGGAUUAUGCAUACAGAUUUUAUAAUGGUCUGUUGCCGCGACUUGCGAGCAACAGAGGCACCCCACUUCGCCCUGGAUUCAUAGAAGUUUACUUGUUCGGUCUUCUUGAUGAGGAUGCCAAGAGCAUAGCUCCAGGAAACUUUGAGCGCCAUUGGGGAAUCUUCAAGUAUGAUGGCCAGCCUAAAUUUGCAUUAGACCUUUCCGGUCAGGGUCAAAACAAGUUACUCAUCGGAGCGCAAAACGUUCAAUACCUACCAUCGAAAUGGUGUACGUUCAAUCCAAAUGCUCAAGACCUUAGCAAACUUGCAGAUAAUAUAGAUUAUGCUUGCACAUUUUCAGAUUGCACAGCGCUGGGAUAUGGCUCUUCUUGUAAUGGUUUGGAUGCUAAUGGAAAUGCUUCCUAUGCAUUCAAUAUGUAUUUCCAGGUACAGAACCAGGAUCCAAUGGCCUGCGAUUUUCAAGGUUUGGCCACGGUUACUAACGUGAAUAUUUCACAAGGGAAGUGUAAUUUUAUCAUUCAGAUUGCUUCUUCCUCCUCUCCUGUUCACCCCUCACUGGUGGGUUUUGCAUUUGUAACAGUAUUAACAUUUUUGUUGCUAUAGGUUUAAUUUUUUGUAGAUACUUUGGAUGUACUAUUUAAAUACAUUGUAUUUGUUUUUAUUACUUUCUUGCUCUGUGAAUUUGGGUUACUCUUAAUUGAUUCUUUGAAUAAAAUUUCGGAGAAUUUUAUUUAUUUCCUA